AUAAUUUUAAAAAACCUGUGUGUAAACAAUUGUUUCCACGUCAAAUGUCAAAAGUCCGAAGAGACGCGUAAAAUCAAAGAUAACAGUUUGAAAAGUUUAAUUUAUUAAAAAAUUUUUGUAACGUACGUUAAAUGAAAAAAAAUCACUUGUGCAUGUUUGUUAAUAUUUGCUGUAUAUGAUUUACGCAUGAAUUCAAGAUUUUCAUCGUGAAUCAAAGACAACAAACUUGUUUAGUUUUCAAAAUAUGAGACUGAUAUAAUCAAGGUGAUGAUUUUAUAAUGUCUAAUAUUUCUAUAUUUUCCAAAUUAGUUUGAUUACUUUUUAUCAAUUUUAAAAAUGGAAUUAAGAUGCCAAUAUCAAUCGUAUGCCUGGGGGAAAUGUGGUAGUGACAGUAUUGUCGCUACUUUAAUAAAGCCGUCCAAUCCAAAUAUUAUAUUAGAUGAAAAAACACCUUACGCUGAACUUUGGAUGGGUACACAUUCAAAUGGUCCAUCAUUUUUGAAAGAUGAAAAUAAAUCAUUAGACGAGUAUUUAAAAGAAAAUAAUCACACAUUAGGUUCUACAGUGAUAGAAAAAUUUGGUAUUCAAUUGCCAUUUCUUUUUAAAAUAUUGUCUGUUAAUAAAGCAUUAUCAAUUCAAGUUCAUCCAAAUAAGAAAGAAGCAGAAGAAUUACAUAAAACACAGCCAAAUAUUUACAAAGAUUCGAAUCACAAACCCGAGCUUGCUAUUGCCCUUACGCCAUUUGAAGCUCUUUGUGGUUUCCGUCCAAUUUCAGAAAUCAAAAGUUACUUAAUAGCUAUUCCAGAAUUGUGUGAUAUUAUAGGUGAAGAAGAAAUUCUCGAGCUUACUAUAGUAACCGAAGGAUCUCUCAAUAUUAGUUUAAAAAAGUGCUUUCAAAAACUUAUGACCUGCGAUGAAAAUGUUGUGGCACAACAGUUGAAAAAAUUCAUCGAAAGAAUAUCUAGUUUAGGCCAACUUACCAGGCAAACGUUACAUGCAAAUUUAUUGGAACGUUUAUAUAAUGAUUAUCCAGGAGAUGUGGGAUGCUUUGGUAUAUAUUUUUUUAAUUACAUAACUUUACAACCAGGUGAAGCUAUGUACCUUGGUGCAAAUGAACCUCAUGCUUAUCUUUCAGGAGAUUGCAUUGAAUGUAUGGCAUGUUCCGACAAUGUUGUGAGAGCAGGCCUAACGCCAAAAUUAAAGGACACUAAAAUUUUAAUAAAUAUGUUAAGUUACAAAUGUGAGCCAAGUUCCGCGAAACGUUUUCAACCAUUACGAGAGGAUGAUUGCACAGAAGUUUUCCGACCUCCUGUACCUGAUUUUGCAGUAACAAGAAUUACGAUUCCCGCUGGUAGAGCAUCUUACACGUUAAUUGAAAGGGCAGUAGGAAGUAUAUUAAUAAUAGUAAAUGGAAAAGCUGAAAUUACCUUUUCCACAACAAAAGUUCUUAAUCGUGGUUCAGUGAUUUUUAUUCCGGCAAAUGAACGUGUAAAUAUGAAAGUUUUAUGUGGCUGUCAUCCCAUGUUAAUGUUUCAAGCAUUUGCUAAUGUUUAGUCAUGUAUUAUUAUUAAAGUUUUAUCGUCUUUUGUCAAUUGUUAUAAAAGGAGAAAAAUACUUUCCUUACAAUUGUCUUCCGAAUAGUAUUUUUUUUAUUAACAAUGUUUCUUCCACACUUUUUAUAACAUUUUAUAGUAAUUUUAAAAAAAAUUUUAAAUUUCAUUAAUUUUGAAUGCUCAUUGUUGCUUAUAUAAAUAUUAAAUUUUU